CAACCCCCCCUGUUUCUUAUUGUUGCUCAGAAGGGUGACAGACAAAAGCCAUGUCCGGUGGCAAGGAGGCAGGUGGGGUCCACCCCUACCAGCCACAACAGAGCCAGCAGCACGCUCAGUACGUGGGGCCCUACAGGCUGGAGAAAACCCUGGGAAAGGGGCAGACCGGUCUGGUGAAACUGGGUGUACACUGCAUCACAGGGCAGAAAGUUGCGAUUAAGAUUGUAAACCGGGAAAAGCUUUCUGAAUCGGUCCUGAUGAAGGUGGAACGGGAAAUUGCCAUUCUGAAACUGAUUGAACAUCCCCACGUGCUCAAACUCCACGAUGUCUACGAGAACAAAAAAUAUUUAUACCUGGUCUUGGAACAUGUCUCAGGAGGGGAACUCUUUGACUACUUGGUGAAGAAAGGACGACUUACGCCCAAAGAAGCCAGGAAGUUUUUCCGGCAAAUUGUCUCAGCUUUGGACUUCUGCCAUAGCUAUUCUAUAUGCCACCGAGACUUGAAGCCAGAAAAUUUAUUGCUGGAUGAGAAGAACAACAUCCGGAUUGCAGAUUUCGGCAUGGCCUCCCUGCAGGUCGGAGAUAGCCUGCUGGAAACAAGUUGUGGUUCUCCUCACUAUGCAUGUCCAGAAGUGAUCAAGGGCGAGAAGUAUGAUGGACGUCGUGCUGACAUGUGGAGUUGUGGAGUCAUCCUCUUUGCCUUGCUGGUGGGAGCUCUACCCUUUGAUGAUGACAACCUACGGCAGCUGUUGGAGAAAGUCAAGCGGGGGAUUUUCCACAUGCCCCACUUCAUCCCUCCUGACUGCCAGAACCUCUUGCGAGGCAUGAUCGAGGUGGAACCUGAGAAGCGGCUGAGUCUGGAACAGAUUCAGAAACACCCAUGGUUCUUGGGAGGUAAAAAUGAACCGGAGCCAGAGCAGCCAAUUCCUCGGAAGGUCGCAAUCCGACGGAUCCAGUCGGUCAGCGAGCUUGAUCCUGACGUACUGGAGAGCAUGCACUCACUGGGUUGUUUCCGUGACAAGAACAAGCUGAAGCAAGAGCUGCAGAACGAGGGAGAGAAUCAGGAGAAAAUGAUCUACUAUCUCCUACUAGAUCGCAAGGAGAGGUAUCCCAGCUGUGAGGAUGAGGACUUGCCUCCACGCAACGAUGUUGAUCCUCCAAGGAAGCGAGUUGACUCGCCCAUGCUGAAUCGACACGGAAAGCGCCGACCUGAGAGGAAAUCCAUGGAAGUUUUGAGUGUCACAGAUGGAGGGUCUCCGGUCCCAGCGCGACGGGCCAUAGAGAUGGCACAACAUAGCCAGAGAUCUCGAUCUGUGAGCGGUGCCUCCACCGGCUUAUCAUCCAGUCCCCUCAGCAGCCCCAGGAGCCCCAUCUUCAGCUUCUCUCUCCCAUCACCUCCCCCGGCCCCAGCGAAGACUCAGACGCUUCCAGCCAAGGGCACCAAGGGCAGCCCGGCAGGGGAGCAACCCCCACCCAAAUCUGUGCUGCAGGUCACUCCCCACCCCUCCCCUCGGGGAAGCCCCCUCCCCACUCCGCUCGGCACCCCUGUGCACACGCCCAAAGAGAGCCCCAGCGGCACUCCUGGUGGAACGCCACCGAGCAGCCCUGGCGUGGCUGGCGUGGCCUGGAAAACCCGCCUGAACUCCAUCAAGAACAGCUUCCUCGGCUCCCCACGCUUUCACCGCCGGAAACUGCAAGUUCCCACACCAGAGGAAAUGUCCAGUCUUACUCCAGAGUCAUCCCCUGAGCUAGCCAAGAAAUCCUGGUUUGGGAAUUUUAUCAACCUAGACAAAGAGGAACAAAUCUUUGUAGUCAUCAAAGAUAAGCCCCUGAGUUCUAUCAAGGCUGAUAUUGUACACGCCUUCCUCUCGAUCCCCAGCCUGAGUCACAGUGUUGUUUCCCAAACAAGCUUCCGGGCCGAAUAUAAGUCGUCAGGUGGCCCUUCCGUCUUCCAGAAACCCGUCAAGUUCCAAGUUGACAUCAGCUACUCCGAGGGUGGGGAGGCGCACAAGGACAGCGGGAUCUACUCGGUCACCUUCACCCUCAUCUCAGGUCCCAGCCGCCGGUUUAAGCGGGUUGUGGAAACGAUUCAGGCGCAAUUGCUCAGCACACAUGACCAGCCGUCUGUGCAAGCCCUCGCAGAUGAGAAGAAUGGGCAGCAACCCCGUUUGCCAGGCACCCCCACCCGCAGUUGCCAACCGUCUCGGCGCUCUGAAUCCGACGUCUCGUCUGAACACCAUCGGCGUGGCUCCAAGGACAAGAAGCUUGUCUCAUCCAAUGGGACUCAAGUCCAACAACCGCCACCCCCGUCCCCACAGCAGCCAUGACGUCUGGGGCAGCGGGGCAGCGCCGGAACAGCCGGGGGAGGGGGGGAGCCGCCAAAAGAAGCCAACUCCACCCCCCUGGAAAGAGUGAGAGAGCUGCCCCCCAGGAGGACAGAAGCAGUCAGCGAACCCUACGGAUGGGUAAAGACCCCACCAAGAGACGCCAAGGGGCAGGGCAAGAGGGUGGGGACCUGAUGCCACUUUCACAACCCCCAUCUCGCCCCAGGGCGGAAAGUUGCCAUCUUGGGAGCAGCCCAUAUGGCGAACUUGUAAAUAGUUAACAACGACAAACAGCAGCAGCAGCAGCAACAACAACAAAACCCCAGAAAACACAACAACUCCAUGAAAGAACAGGAGGGGGCGGGGGGCGGGAAAGAACAUAAAAUGGAAACAGAAACAAAAGAAAAGUUGGUGGACUGAAAAAAAGAAAGGAAGAAAACAAACUGGAGGAGGAGGAGGAGCAGAAGCCGGGCAGGAGCCGGUGAUUGUUGGGGAUUUAAGUCUGAUUCAUUUCCAGGGGAGGGGAGUAUGCCUUUAUUUAUGUGAGCCCAUUUCACAGAAUCCCUCCUGCUUUCGGUUUGUUCCAUGCCACAAGAUACACUCUUCUUCCUGGUUUUUCUUUCUGUGGUCUGUAAGGUACCCACCUAUUUACAGUAUCACAGCAACAUUAGCUAAAAUUGUGAGACAGAGCUGGUCAAAUCAUUCCUUGUGACAGAAGAGAAAUGAAAGCAUUUCCAUUCCCCUUCUCUUUC